AUGCUUUCCGUGCACCUCUACAGGUCCGAGUACCUCUACAGGUCCGAGUACCUCUACAGGCCCGAGUACCUCGGACCCAUCAUACGUGUACACAAACUCCCUACGCCGUACGGACGUGAUGUGCAACCGGCCUCUCAAACGCCAGCGCGAGAGGGCACGGCCAUGUGCUCGCAUCCCAUCCCUUGUCCGUUGGGCCGACGUGGGAAUGGAGUUGUGCAACAGCCACGGAACCCACUGCGUCGUUUGCACCGUCCUACCAAAGACCGUCGCGGAUGCGUGCCGGCCGAGGCCGUGGCACCGCAGGCGGGACCAGCCAGUUUCGCCGAGCGACGGCUCGAACCAGCAUCCAUCGACCCGAGGGAUCCGUCGUCGCAUCACCGGUUCCGGCCAACAUGGAAGCACGCCAAUGGCCACCGAGCGUGGCCACCUGACGCCAUUGUCCAGACACCACAAGGGCCUCUCGUUCUCGGAGUGCAUGUCUCGUGGCGGGCCGGAAGACGCAUGGACACUGCCAUGUUCCCUCCCAACCCGCCAAGAAGGGCCGCAUCGCCCUGCCAUCCGCGACCAAACGAGAUGCUGUUGCUUCGUUGCCGCCGUCGUCCCGGGUGGCUGGUGUUUGUCGACGCAAUCACCGAGGCCACACCGCGUGCCAUGGCUCGUUCGACAGCUCACCUCUCCUGCCGUCCAACCAACUCCGUGCAGAUCGCCGACUGCUUGUCCCGUCUCCGGUACGGGAACAUGCUUGGAGAACGGCGUGCGAAGCGUAGCCUACGGCGCCCAAACGUGGAGUUGCGGGGCGUCGAGAAGCACGGCCGACUGUCCGAAUGGUAG